AUGUCCGAGAAGAUCAAAGAUGCAGUGCUUGCUGAAGCGAAGAAUUCCCAAGCUGUUGUUCAUGAUGUGAUUACAUCUGGCGCAUACUUGUACCCAUUCAAGGGAAUCGUCUACUUCGCAACCCACAAAGACCUAUGGCGCCCUUUUAUCUCUCGCGCCGGCCGAACCAUCACACUGGGAGUAGGCGUCACGAGCGUUAUGUUCUUCUUCACGUACAUGCCGCAGAUGGCCAUCAUGGCCUUCACCAGCGGUCCAUUGGCUGCUAUUUCCGCCGCGAUCCUCGUCCUUGGUGAAAGUUCUGCCAUAACAAAUUUCCUGUCACGAUCAUUCCUUGUCGAAGACGCCAUGAUCGACACCUUCGAUGGCACCCUGGUCGCGCGUGGCCAGGAGCCACUCGUAGCACAAGGACGCCAGAUGAAAUCCCGAUCAGGGAAAGACGCGAUAGCUAGGCUGGGUAAGAUAUUUACUAAGCCUCUUGCACAACUCAACCCACGGGCGCUGCUGCGAUCGCUGCUCUACCUGCCCCUGAACCUCAUUCCUGUGAUCGGGACCGCGUUGUAUAUUUAUAUGCAGGGGAAAAGAGCAGGACCGGUACUUCAUGCCAGAUAUUUCCAGCUCAAGGGCUGGGAUUCUACGAUGCGAGAUGAGUGGGUGAAGAAAAACCAGGGCGCGUACACUGGACUUGGAAUUGCAGCCUUUGUCUUGGAAAUGGUGCCUUUUGCCUCGAUUGCAUUUUCGUUCACGAACACUGUUGGCGCCGCUCUCUGGGCUGCGGAUUUGGAGAAGGCAACGAAGUAG